CACAGCCCUGCCUGGCCUGCCUGACUCCCUGCCUGUCCAGCCAUGCCCCGCUCCUUCCUGGUGAAGAAGCCCUCCAGCACCCGCAUCCCCAACUACGGCCAGCUCGACACCCGCGCUCGCGAGCUCAACGGCUCCUCUGACUGCGGGGGGCUGCUCGUCCCCGUCUGCCACCAGCCCCCCACACCCCCCGCUUCCCCUUGCCCGCUGGACCGCGGCCGCCUCCUCACCUGCUUGUCCCUCCCGCUGCCCCCCGACGCCAAGGCUCCCCCCAUCCCAGCGGGUACCCACAGCCCAGGCACCCCCCUGAAGGACACCCAGACCCUCAACCUGCCCCUGCGGCGGCGGAGCUUCAGCUGCCGGCACUGCGCCCGGGCGUACGCCAGCCUGGGCGCCCUGAAGAUGCACAUCCGUACCCACACCCUGCCCUGCCUCUGCCGCCUCUGCGGCAAAGCCUUCUCCCGGCCCUGGCUGCUCCAGGGACACAUCCGCACCCACACAGGGGAGAAGCCCUACGCCUGCCCCCACUGCAGCCGAGCCUUUGCCGACCGCUCCAACCUCCGCGCCCACCUCCAGACCCACUCGAACGUGAAAAAGUACUGGUGCCGUGCCUGUGCCAGGACCUUCUCCCGCAUGUCGCUGCUGGCCCGGCACCAGGAGGGGGGAUGCUGCGGGACGUCCUGAGCUCCCUGCCACGCGCAGCCACCCCGGAGAGGGCAGCGAGCCCCGCGCCGUGCUGUGCCGUGCCACGCUGGUGCAACACCCCGAGAAGGGACACACAAGCAUCGGAUGGGACUGCCUGGACUUCGGCAGCGGGGCGCUGAAGCCCCACGGCUGCUCCCCGGUGGCUCUGGGGCUGGAGGACACGGUGCCUGGCCCGUCCCCCCACCUUUCUCAGGUACCGGGGAGAUUUCUUACC